AUGAGUCAAAGCCCGUUCCCCGUUCGUCACCACCCCAGAAACCCGCAUCGAGCAACGAACUUGAAACCCCCCCGGAUCUGUGCACUUAGAAGUUCAACCACCUUUGAUCUCUUCUUCUUCUUCUUCUUUUUUUUUUUUUUUUUGCCACUUGCGAAAAACCCAAGAGAGACAGAGGGAGAGAGACAAAGACAGAGAGAGAGAGAGAGAGAGGCAAAGUGGAUGGCGGGUGAGGAAGGUCACGGGAAGAAGCGCCCGGCUGAAGCUGACCCCGAUGGCGCGCAACCGUUAACGAAGAGAUUUGGAUAUCUGCGAAUAGAUAAUAGCGUGCCAAUUUCCGCUCGGACCAAACCCAAGGGGCAUAUCGAGCACAUCCAACAUAUCCAACAUAACCACCAACAUAAUCAGCAUAACCAAGAGCCCUUUCCCCCAAAUGAUGCAAUGAUCUUGGAUGACACCAAGCAUACGACUUAUAUUCACAACCUGGAUCAAGAAUUAAUGGAAGCCGACUCUCCUGGUUUGGUGUUUUCACCAUUCGUGCAGAAAGUGCUCUCAGUCCCUCAAUCCGUUCUAUCCGACUCGAAACCCUCAGGUAAAGAACUCGUUCUUUAUACGGAACCAUAUUCCCUCACGGUUCCCAAGGAAAAAGAUAAUGUUCGAAGAGCAAUUCUUGAAUCUCGAGCACGCGCUAGAGAGACCAAGGUUCCGGAAGAUUUAUACGACGAUCCAAUGGAUAUUGAUAGUUAG